AGCGAUCAGCUGAUGGCGGGGAGGGAGAGAGAGUGACAUUUUCCUCUCGAAAAAAAAUCCUCUUCACAAAAUGGUCAUCGAAAUGAUCCUCGCCGCGUUUUUAGGCUGUUACAUCGUCUCCUCCUUGAUCCUCUUCAAGUUCCCGAUGCUGUUGCACAAGAAGAAGGACGUGAAAUUCGUGUGUAGGCAUAUAAGUCACAGAGGAGGUGCAGGGGAAAAUUAUGAGAACACCAUAUCAGCCUUUAGACAUGCGGUGGAGGUCGGCACAGACAUGCUGGAGCUCGACUGCCAGCUAACCCUAGAUGGCCAGGUGGUGGUAUCACACGACUCCAUCCUCGACGUCCGCACAGAAUCAAAAGGGGCCAUUUCAGAGUACAAAUACGAGGAGCUCCCCCUCAUCCGAGAGCAGGUGCCCAUCGACUUCAUGCCCGGCACGACCUUCAGCGGCAAGAGCGACGACCGGAGGUUCCCCUUGCUCGAGGAGACGUUCCAGCUUUUCCCCAACCUCCCCAUCAACAUUGACAUCAAGACCAACAACAAUGAACUCAUUUCUAAAGUAAGCAACCUAGUGAAGAAAUACAACCGAGAACACAUCACAGUCUGGGGGAACAUGAAGGACGAAGUAACACAAAAGUGCUAUAAGGAGAACCCCAACAUGUGCCUGCUGUUUAGUGCCCAGCGGGUGUGCCUGAUGCUGCUCCAGUUGUACACAGGGCUCCUGCCGUUUAUGCCCCUCAAGGAGACACACCUCGAGGUUUUCAUGCCAGUACAAAUGAUGAGGAUAUACAGCAAGAACUUUGGUGAGAAAUGGUGGUACUCAAUUAUCGCAAAGAUUGCCAACACUCUGCUCAUCAGGCGAUCUUUGUUUGAGCACCUAUCAAAGCGAGGCAUUCAGACCUACCUCUGGGUCAUGAACUCAGAAGAAGAUUUCCGCAGUGCCUUCGAAGCGGGAGCGACUGGCGUCAUGACUGACUACCCAACCAAGCUGAGAGCCUUCCUCGACUCGAACCCACAGUACACGCAAGAUCACAAACUCAGUUAAGUUCAUCCGUCUGAAGAGGAGAAAGAGGAGGACAGAGGUUCACACAAGCCGACCAUUAUUAUCAACAGAGGAGGAGGGGGAUGUGAGGUGUUCUUGUGGCCAGCUCUCCCAACCUCCUUUGUGCAGUAUAACAAGUGGCUGUUUGAAAAAAAGGGUAAAGGAAGAAAAAAGAGUCGCAGUGAAAUCAUUCAGGGUAAAAAAAAUGUGCACAUAAACAUUACAUGAAGAAUGUAUAAGACAAUUACUCGCCCAUCCUAACCCCAGUAAUGUAAAUAUGGCAUGAAACUUUUACUAGUAACAAUCGGAUCGCGAGAUGUAAACCGAAAUUACACGGUUGCUAUUAAGGAGAUUAGAAAAACGGUUGUUCUCUCUUUACUUUUCGUAAUUUGUUAGUUUGAUUAUGGAGGUCUCUUGUUGUUGUCAUUUUCUUUCCUUUUUUGCCCACAGUCUCAGGAAGGCUUUAGUUUCUCGUACAUUUACAUGCUGUGCAAUUUCUUCUGAGUUCUCUCCUUAGACCACUUUGUCUGCUGCAUUUGUGCUUCAUAAUCAUACACUUUAGGUGAUUUAAAGUGGGAAACGGUAAUUUGCAAGGCCAGAUAUUAGAGAAGAUCUGAAAGCAAAUCAUACCUGUAAUAACUAUGGUGUAAUUCUACUUGACUUUUUAUUUAUUUAUAUAUAUUUUUAUAUAUAUGUCAAUAUAGAUCCAAUAUUUCAUGUACAAGACCAACAGAUAGUCCCAAGAGUUCUACAGUUAUUAAUGAAUGAUGCUGGUAAUGUUGCAUAACAGUUUCAUCAUCUUUUGAGAGCAAGAAGAGAAAAAAUUCACAAUCAGGAUCCGUACUCCUGAAGCAGCUGCUCAAACUAGCUUCCACCGAGAGGGUAACCAAGGUGCAAAAGAUUAUUUAAGAGUUCUUUUCCUUAUUAGAUUAAUAAAGAAAACUAAACAAAAUGAUGAAAAAAGAGAGAGAAAAAAAGAAAAGUGCUACUAUUUAUUGAAGACCUUUUAUUAUUAUUUAUUGAUAUUAUUAUUAUUAGUUUUUGAUUAUGUAUAUAUGUGUUUUAUCACAGUUAUUACUUAUUUUUAAAAAUUCUAGUGAUGUUGGCCUUGUGAUAACUUCACCAUACGCUUUUAUGAGGUGGGAGGAAUCUGCAUGCAUUUGCCCCCACUUAAUGCAUACCAUGAGAUUGACAAGGGCUUGCUACCAGUGCAUUUAGGAUGGCUUGCAACUAAUGGUGGCUUUUUGUAGAUAGAAACGUUGCAAGGUCAUGCCAAAAAUUAUAUAAUGUGACACUGACUCAUAAGUAGUUCUUAUGUUUUUUCCUUUUAGUUUUUAACCCAAUAACUGUGGAAUCAGGUUUUUUGGCUUACUCUCCCAUGCGCAGUUUCAAUGCAAAUAGGAGAGACUGUAGGAGGCCAUUUACACUAUCAUGGGGGCAGUAACCUUCCUCGCGUAACAACUUUGUAUCGACUUUUUUAGACUUUCUCUUUUGCUGUUGCCGUUUGCAUCAUCUGCUUUUUGUUUCUAUUUUAUAUUGGAGCAAUAGGUAGUGCAACUGCUUAAAAAUAAUAAUAAUAAAUAGAUAAAAAUAAGAAGAAUAGAAAAUACUUUUGCAUCAUAUCAUGUGCAUCUCGGCUACAUGUUCUCCAUCAUGUGAUAUGAGUUGCAGUUAUUGGGUUAAGGUUGAUAAAAAAAAAUAAUAGUAAUAAAAGAGUUUUUCAUGAACAGAAUAUGAACUGUUUCAUGACACUCACAGGAUUCCCUCUAAAGGAUUUUAUAAUGGUAGAUAGUAAUAAUGUCACUCUAUAUAUGUUUAUCAGGCUUUAAAUUUUAUUCUAAGUUUUGUUCUAUUUAUUUCACUCUUUUGUUAUAGGUUAAAGAGAGAGUUUAACUACUAAAUUUACAAUAGUGCGGUAGAUAAGGAAGAUAUUACUAAGAAUAAGUUUAUAUCAUUUUUUCAUUAUCAUUGUCAUUAUGAUUAUUACUAGUUAUCAUUAUUAUUAUUAUUGUUAUUAUUAUUAUUAUUAUUGUUAUUAUUAUUAUUAUUAUUGUUGUUGUUGUAUUAUUUCAAUGCUAUUGAUGCUGUUGGGGUACCAUACCAGGCAGGUCUACCCAGUUGUUAUAGUGAAUAUAUAUGUAUAUAUAGAUACACUGAUGUGCACACUCAUGAAUAGCAACAAGGCAUCAUGCAUAUUGUACAGCAAGGCAGAGCACUGCAUAGAUACAUACACACCACUGACUGAUUUAUAUUAGUUAUCAUUUCUUUGUAAGUGUAUUAAGCUGUAGUUCAUAGUUUAAAAAGAUUUGUUAAGGUUGCAUUUUCAUUAGGAUAUAUCAAAUAUCUGUGGCCAAACGAACCCAAAAGUAUUAACGAGCACAAUUCUUUGUCUGUCUACUUCAUGUUCUUCUUUACCUUCUUAUCCUUUGUGUUCUUUUUCCUCUUACUCUAUUUUUUUAUUUCUUUUUCUUUGUCGUGUUUCUUUUUUUCCUCUUCUCUUUCUUCUUUUUCAGUUUUCUUCUUUUUUCUUUCUUCUUCUUCUCUUCCUCCUCCUUCCUCCUUCCUUCUACUUCCUUUUCAUUCUUUCUGUUUUCAGUCAGUAUUUAUGUUUACUCUCAUUUUCCUUUUUUUCAGAUUAUGACUUAAUUUUUCUCUCAAUAUUUAGAUUUCUUUUCAAGUCAUUUGUCAAAGAAGGAUAAAACGUGUGUUGAAAAUGAGGCACAUUGCUGGGGGAUAUUGAUAGAAUUAAAGGCAUUGAUUGAUCAAUGUAGCAUUCAUGCACAUGUGCUUAACACACACAUUCUAUGGCAUCAUUCUCAUUGCAUGUGGACAUUCAUAUUUAAUACAAACAAGUCAUAUACACAUGAUAGGUUUAUAUAUGUAGAUAUGUAUGAGUGCAUAGUGUAUAUUGGAUAUAUACAUAUUAUAGAUUUAUAUCUAUUGUCUGUCCAUAAUGAGUAUGUUUCAUUGCAUUGUCAGAAGUAAAUAUGUUUGAUAUGAAGAAGAAAACAAGAACUUUAAUUUGCAUGUUGAUUUGCACUCCAGCAUAUUGUGUAUGCAUACAUUGGAAAUCAAUAUAGUUAAUUUAGAUUAAUUUUGUGUGUGUGUGUGUGUGUGUGUGUGUGUGUGUGUGUGUGUGUGUGUGUGUGCAGAUGCUUGUGUGAAUUAAUCAGUUUGAGAAUUUACUUAUCUUUGCAUGAAUGAAAUUACUGCUUUAUUUCACAUGAAUGCACAUUUGCAUUACAUAUUUAUAUAGUGUAUUUAGAAGUUAUAUAUUUCUGUGCACUGAAAUGUAUAUGAGGCUUAUAUUUAUUCAUUAUUUAUUUUUUACCCUAAUAAUUCUACUAUAAGAGAGCUUUUCAUAAGGGCACAAGGAUCACCAGCUUUUGGUCUGGUGAAUGAUGGCAUUUUAGGCUCUUUUCUUUCUUUCUUUCUUUUUUCUUUCAUUUUCUUUUCUGUUUUUCUUACUUCAGUAUGUUGUGCUUGUCAGUUGGAGACAUUAUUAGUCUCCUAUAAUUGUACAGGUUGUCUAGAAAGUGAUUUUAGUUUAAGAGAGUUUCACAAAUGCUUAUUUUCUGUUUAAUUUGCAGAAGCAUGGUAAAACUACAGACAGAUUACUUUGCUUGUAUUUAGAAAUUAUUUUUAAACUUUUUUUUUUUUUCAUAUGUGCUUAAAAUGGUUGUCUUAUACAUUAGAGGUGGGUGGAAAAGGUUUGGUCAAAUAUGAAAAGAGCAGAUUGUUGACUGAUUUAAGAAAAAAAAAUUACUCUAUGAAUGAAUUCUGGCUUUAUUCUGACCAUUAAAUUCAAUUUUCCCUUUUUGUAGGAAGGAUUAGACUUAGGUUAGGUGCAUCAAACAGAGGACCAGUUUAUACUACUUGUAGCUUAUUCCAGAGCUAUCGCAUUAACAAAGAAGUCCACUGUUUGCUUGUUGUUUAUCUUAUUUCUUUGUUAAGCACAUGAGAAACACACACACACACACGCAGACGCAGAUGCACAUAGACACACACAUGCAUGUAGACACACUAUACGCACAGACACACACAAGUUUGUACAAGUAGCUCUCUCCUUUUAGUCUUUUGAAUAUUUUAUCAUCUCAAAUAUUAAACCAGUGUCUAUAUUUUUUUUGAAAUGUGAAGAUCUCAGGUUCAAAAUGAAAUACCUUUUGAGGAUGAAUUGUUUGCAGUUAGUGUGAAAGAAAAGUUUAUAAGUACAUCCAUCCUCAUGUAACAACUUUCUAUCGACUUUUUUAGACUUUCUCUUUUGCUGUUGCCAUUUGGAUCAUCUGCUUUUUGUUUCUAUUUUAUAUUGGAGCAAUAGGUUGUCCAACUGCUUAAGAAAAAAAGAAAAAAAAUGCAUCAUAUCAUGUGCAUCUUGGCUACAUGUUCUCUAUCAUGUGAUAUGAGUAGCAGUUAUUGGGUUAUGGUUAAUAAAAAAAAUAAAAUAAAAGGGUUUUUCGUGAACAGAAUAUGAAUGUUUCAUGACACUCACAGGAUUCCCUCUAAAGGAUUUUAUAAUGGUAGAUAGUAAUAGCAUCACUCUAUAUAUGUUUAUCAGGCUUUAAAUUUUAUUCUAAGUUUUAUUCUAUUUGUUUCACUCUUUUGUUAUAGAUUAAAGAGAGAGUUUAAUUACUAAAUAUACAAUAGUGUGUUAGAUAAGGAAGAUAAUACUAAGAAUAAGUUUUUAUGAUUUUUUCAUUAUCAGUGUAGCAUUCAUGCACAGUUGCUUACACACACAUUCUAUGGCUUCAUUCUCAUUGCAUGUGGACAUUCAUAUUUAAUAUAAACAAGUCAUAUACACAUGAUAGGUUUAUAUAUGUAGAUAUGUAUGAGUGCAUAGUGUAUAUUGGAUGUAUACAUAUUAUAGAUUUAUAUCUAUUUGUCUGUCCAUAAUGAGUAUAUUUCAUUGCAUUGUCAGAAGUACAUAUGCUUGAUAUGAGGAAGAAAACAAGAACUUUAAUUUGCAUGUUGAUUUGCACUUCAACAUAUUGGAAACCAACAUAGUUCAUUUAGAUUAAUUGUGUGUGUGUUGUGUUUGUGUUUGUGCAGAUGCUUGUGUGAUUUUCUCAGUUUGUGCAUUUACUAUAUUUAACUUAUCUUUGCAUGAAUGAGAUGAGUGCUUUAUUUCACAUGAAUGCACACUUGCAUUACAUAUUUAUGUAGUGUAUUUAGAAACUGUAUUUUUAGAGGUUAUAUAUUUCUAUGCACCGAAAUGUAUAUAAGGCUUAUAUGUAUUCAUUAUUUAUUUUUUAUCCUCUAUAAGAGAGCUUUUCAUAAGGGCACAAGGAUCACCAGCUUUUGGUCUGGUGAAUGAUGGCAUUUUAGGCUGUUUUCUUUCUUUCUUUCUUCUUUUUUAUUUUCUUUUUUUCUUACUUCAGUAUGUUGUGCUUGUCAGUUGGAGACAUUAUUUGUCUCCUAUUAUUAUACAGGUUGUCAGGAAAGUGAUUUUAGUUUAAGAAAGUUUCGCACAUGCUUAUUUUCUGAAGCAUGGUAAAAUGACAAAUGGAUUACUUUGCUAGUAUUUAGCAAUUAUUUUUUAAUGUUUUUAGUUCAUAUGUGAACUCUAAGUAUCAAGAGCAAAGUUAAUUCAUAAUCUGAGAAAAGGAAAAUGAGAAUAGAUAUAAAUACGGCUUGAAAACAGAAGAAAUGAAAAGGAAGGAGGAAUGAAACUUCAUAUUCUGUUUAUGAAAAACUCUUUUAUUAUUAUUUUUAUCAACUUUAAUCCAAUAACUGCUACUCAUAUCACAUGAUGAUGGAGAACAUGUAGCCGAGAUGCACACGAUAGAUUUUUCUCUCUCUCGUUCUUUCUUUCUUUCUUUCUUUUUAACUGUUGCACUACUUAUUGCUCCAAUAUGAAAUAGAAACAAAAAGCAGAUGAUCCAAAUGGCAACAGCAAAGGAGAAAGUCUAAAAAAAGUUUACAGGAAAGUUGUUACACAAAAAGGGUGUACUUAUAAACUAUUCUUUCACAGACAAUUCAUCCUUAAAAGGUAUUUCACUUUGAAGCUGAGAUCUUCACAUUUCAAAUAAAAUAUAGACACUCUGGUUUAAUAUUUGAGAUGAUAAAAUAUUUAAAGAAUUAAAAGGAGAGAGCUACUAAUAAUACAUAAGCAGAAGUGGUUUUGGUACAAGUGGUGACAUAAGAAAAGGCUGUUGGCAUGUUGAUGACACAUUUUAACAGUUAUGUUACAUAUAUAUAAUUUUCUUUUAGUGCACAAACUUCUUUUCUUUCUUUUUCUUUUUCAUUUACUUAAUGCAUUACUGUGAGUUUGAAAGUUUGAACCUUUCCUCGAAGGAGACAAUCCACAGUACCAUUCAUAGCACAAAGCUUAUUGUGUGUGUUACUUUGACCACUGCGAACAGUUAAGUGGGUCUUCAACGUCAUGAAAGGUUUUCAGAGAAUUUUAAGUCUUUAGCCUGGUGGAUGUCUGCCGGUAAAAGAUACAGUUAAUGACCUUUUUUGCGAGUGGUCUGUGAGAUUCAGACUCAUUCUUUUCUUUUUUCUUUUUUCUUAUUUUAGCUUCUCUUUAGAUUUUAAUAUUUUUUCUCUCCAUUUUUAGUUUUAGACUGUGUAAUACUCAUGCUUAAUUUAAAAGAGAGCUUGUGCUUGUAUUUUCUCACACUUACCUCCUUACAUAAUGAUCUCUUAGGUUGAAGAAAAUGUGGUUGCUUGAGAAGUGUGUUAGUGUUCAGUAUAUUUAAGAACAGCUCAUAUGUUUCCGUCCUCUUCCAAAGUUGCAUCUUAAUAUUGCACCAUUCAGCAUUUUUUCUUUUUUCUUUUCUUAUAUCUUGUGUUUAAAAAAAAAAGAAAGGUUGCCGUGCACACCUGAAAGGAUGUAAGCUUGAAGGAAAUUAGAGUUGCAUUUUCUGAAGCUGGUUUUAAUUUAUCUUAGUUCUUAAUUUUAUUUUUUUUCCCCCUUUUAGUUUGUAUUUCUUUUCUUUUCUGGAUGAAUAAUCUUUUCUUGCUUACCAAAGAUUCCCCACAAUAUACAUGACACAAAGCUUUUUUAUUUUUCUUCUUCUUUUUAACCAACCUUGUGGUGUUAGCAAUGAAAUUACCCCCCCCCCCCUUAGUAUAAAGAAAACAAUAGGUAAUUUAGCUCUCUUUUCCCAAAGAUAUUUUCUUUACUGGCCCAUGAUAGAAGUGGCACUGCUGAAGAACAGUUUUGAAGCUGCUCUGCUAUGAAGCCUAGGAAAAAGAAAACCUUAUCAAAUGGAAACUUUUCAUUUAGGAGGUCACAUAACGAGCAUUUAAGUUCCUAUGUAAAUUUUGUUCUUUUCAUGUGUUUCGAAAGCAGUUGUAUUGACAUUCUUCCUAUGGACUGGGAGUUCUCACCUACGUUAUCCAUUUCACUCGAAUGAAAGUGUUUGUACAAUGUGAAGUUUACUGAUAGUGAUACAUACUGCCACACAAUAACAGAUUUUAGCAAGCACGCUGGCGUAUAAGAUAGGUUUUCAGUAUAUCUUUAAUGAUUUAGGUUUGUAAUGAAAGCACAGUUUACUCUAUAGGGUGAUAUGCAUUCAUGAUGAUAAUGAAUACCAAUAAUUCUAAUAUUGCAGUAUUAUUUUGUGAAAAGAGAUACAGUCACUGAUACCACCUGACUAGAUCUUCAUUUUGUAUUUAGGAAUUUUUGACAGAAAUAUAAUUCAGAACCUUCUUUUGGUAAGGAAAAGCAGUAAGUGUUCUUUUCAAAUAUAGUUCAUGUGUGGUGUAAUUAAGUGACUGUAUUUCCAUCAUCUACAAAGACUUAAUAACUGGUAGAGAGUAGAUUGAUCAGCAAACUCUUUUGGUUGUGCUUCUGAAGGUGACUGGCUGAGACAUUGUUUCAUGCAGUUGUGUAUUAUUUUUUUUUUCUUUCUCCUUUUUUCUUUUCUUUUCUUUUUCUUAUUCCCAAGUCAUCGUAACACCCAGUGAUACUGAAUUUAUAUUUUCUUAUCAUGGAUUUCUUCUUUUUUUUUCCCCCCCCUCUGAGAGUUGUUUAUUUAGGAGAUGCGAGGUUCUCUCUCAUGCAAUCAGACUGGAAACCUGACGUUACUCAAAGCAAUAUUGAAUGAUGGGCAAAGUAAGCAUUAAAGGAUAGUGUAAUUGCCCAAUCAGUAUACAAUUUGUAGACAAUCAAGCAUUCUUUGUCAUUAUUAUCAAUGUUUUUUUAUAAUGUUUAUUAAUACUCCUACAACUACUUUUUUAGUCUACAGACCCCAGGUACCUCUGUUCGUGUUGUGGGGUUUUGCGAGUGCUUGUAUUGUAUCAAUUGCAUUUAAUUUUCAUUUAAGUUAUAUGAUGAGAAAAAAAAACUGAGAUGCAUUAGAGGCAUUUACUUUCAUUAACAUACAGUUUGACUUAAGCUAAUUUUGUAUCUUUUAUGUUAGGUAAGAGGUGUGAAUCCUUUUUUUUUUUUUUUUUUUUUUUUUUUUUUUUUCCAUUAUUAAUAGGAAUGUUUGGUACAUGUGAUUAUCAUCUGCUGUGAUUCAAACAACAUCAGGAAUUCAGUUUCAUUUCUGUCAGUGGCUUCGGGAGUGUUGAAAGAAGCCAGGUGGAAACUUUAGAAAUGCAUUGAAGUAUUUGUCAGUUUAUCACAUUGGUGCCAUAUUUCUUCCUUGAUUUUGCUGACCUUGCAUGGGGAUAACCUUCUACUUUUUGAUACAAGGUUUAUUCACAGAAAGUUAUGUGCAAGAUAGUUGGUGGACCGCAUUACUUCAAAGUGAAAAAUAUGAGAAAAUGUGAACUGACAUCACAGGCAGAUGAAUCUUCUCUUCAACAUUUCAAUAACCUUCACUUCAUCAUAUGUAGAGCAUUAGUUUUAUGCGCACUUGAUUACUGUAAUAGUUAAGGGUUUUUGAUGACAGGUGCCACAGAGGCAGGCUAUCAUUGUUCUGUCUUAUUUAUAAGCUAAUUUAUACUAUCAUUAUUUAUUUAUGUAGAGAGAAGUCAUGUGUAUACUUUUAAUUCUGUUUAUACUUUUAGAAAAGAAUCCUGCCUUUCUUCGGAACAUUAUGCGAAGUGGAUCCCGAAGUUGCAAUGCUAGGGCACUGCACUGGUGAUCAAUCUCUUAAGGAGGUGAUUAAGAAUGCUUGUCAUACUAAGCUUACAGCAGCAGUAAAAUUUUUAAGUCAUAAGAUACAUAUGUAUAUUUAAAACUUGAUUCAACCAUGAAACAAUGUUUGUGGAAUUGAUUCAGGAACGUAAAUUUUUUUUUAAUAAUUUCUGUUACCACUAUGUUGAAUGCUACAUAUUAAAAGGCAACAGAUAG